CCUCCUCUCUCUCUCUCUCUUCCCCUUCAAUCUUUUUCUCUCUCCUCUACCAUAUGAGAAUAGCCUAUAAAACCCCUUCACAUCUCCCACUUGGUUUGCAUCACAAUACAUCUUCCAUUACACACACACACACACAAACAAAAAUAUCUUUUUUCUUUCUUUCUUAAUUUAGGUCACAAGUUCUUCGUUGUUCAGCUACUUCUCCCCUUCCUACUGUCAAAAUACGAAGUGGGGUUUCUUGAACAUAGAACUUAAAAUUUGAGUUUUAGAAAAAAAAUGGAUUUCUCCGCCUUGUUUCUCACUCUCUUCACCGGAAGUCUCUUCCUUUACCUUCUCCGGCGUCUAAUCUCUCAGCGCCGCGGUGGAUCCUCCAAACUCCCACUUCCGCCGGGAACAAUGGGUUGGCCUUACGUCGGUGAGACUUUCCAGCUCUAUUCUCAAGACCCAAAUGUCUUUUUCGCAUCGAAACAGAAAAGGUAUGGCUCGGUGUUCAAGACCCAUGUAUUGGGAUGUCCAUGUGUGAUGAUCUCGAGUCCUGAAGCUGCGAAAUUCGUGCUGGUGACGAAAUCUCAUCUCUUUAAACCGACUUUUCCGGCGAGCAAAGAGAGGAUGUUGGGGAAACAAGCCAUCUUCUUCCACCAAGGUGAUUAUCACUCUAAACUCAGGAAGCUCGUUCUCCGUGCUUUCAUGCCGGAAGCAAUCAGAGAAAUGUACACCUUCAACGUUGCGCUACUCUCGAUCUUCGGAAAAGAUGAGGUUCUAUACAGAGAAGAUCUAAAACGAUGCUACUACAUUCUCGAGAAAGGUUAUAACUCGAUGCCUAUAAACCUCCCUGGAACACUCUUUCACAAAGCCAUGAAAGCACGCAAGGAGCUCUCACAGAUCCUCGCUAGGAUCUUAUCAGAGAGAAGAGCAAACGGUUCCUCACACAACGAUCUUCUCGGAUCAUUCAUGGGAGACAAAGAAGAGCUAAGCGACGAACAGAUAGCCGAUAACAUAAUCGGAGUUAUCUUCGCCGCUAGAGACACGACGGCGAGUGUGAUGACGUGGAUCCUCAAGUACUUAGCUGAGAACCCCAACGUUCUAGAAGCUGUUACUGAAGAGCAAAUGGCAAUAAGAAAAGGCAAAGAAGAAGGAGAGUCUCUAACUUGGGUUGAUACAAAGAACAUGCCACUAACCUCAAGAGUCAUUCAAGAAACGUUAAGAGUCGCUUCGAUCUUAUCUUUCACAUUCAGAGAAGCUGUCGAAGAUGUCGAAUACGAAGGAUACUUGAUACCUAAAGGAUGGAAAGUUUUGCCGCUUUUCAGAAAUAUUCAUCAUAGUGCUGAUAUUUUCUCAAAUCCGGGAAAAUUUGAUCCAUCAAGAUUUGAGGUGGCAGCAAAACCAAAUACUUUCAUGCCAUUUGGCAAUGGGACCCACUCGUGUCCUGGAAAUGAAUUAGCCAAGCUUGAGAUGUCAAUUAUGAUUCAUCAUCUCACUACAAAGUACAGAUGGUCAAUAGUUGGAGCUAGCGACGGUAUUCAGUAUGGGCCUUUCGCGCUUCCCCAAAACGGACUGCCCAUUGUGUUGUCCAGGAGGUCGACGAUCGAUUAGAAUUACAGCCUUGCCCUUUAGCUUUCUAUUAUUGGAAAGAGGGGAGUAGAGAAGAAAAUUAAAUAAUUCUUUCUUUCUUGUUAAAGAAAAUUAGGGAGAGAUGAAGAAAAAAACAACAACAAAAACCAAAGGCUUUUUGGUAGGAAACAAAAAUACCCAAAAGGGAAUUGAGGAGUUAACACCAAGUGUACAAAAAACUCCAUUUUUUUAGUUUAAUUUUGUUUGGAGUUUUUUAAUUUUAGUUUUUCAAUUGGGAAAAGUUGUUAUUUGAUAUCUCAUGUAUAUGUUAACUAAUUCGUCCUGGAUUGGGACUUUCCAUGUCUUUUUUAAACAUAAUUUAUCUGUCUUUACAAUUCAUACAUAUUAGUGAAUUGGUUAUCUGAAGAAAUCUCUAAGCACCCUAUGUUUACUAGUA